UAGUUGAAUAACACAAUAACACAAUUAUCUGUCCAAAUUCCAAAUACACCCACAAUAACACAAUAAGAAUGACCGCUUUCUUUGUCCAAAUUCCAAAUAAAUUACCCUAUCAUAUAUUCUCUCCUUCACCAAAUCUCCAAACCCUAUUCUCUCAAGCAAUUCCUUUGUAAAAUUCGCCGAUUCUUCCGAUCCAUUACGCACUCUCUCCAUCUCUUUUCCCUUGCUAUAUUCUGGGACCAUGGCGCUCGGGCAGACUUACUAUUCACAAGGUGGCCCUUUUUGUGGAGACUCUAGGUCUUUUUACGGUAGAAACCAGAUGAGUGGGAUGGUUCAUUCCUCUGCUUACAACCAUUGUAACACUGGUGAUAGCCAUCUUUUCAACUCUGAUAGUUCCCUUGACGUGAGUAGAAAUUUUAGGGAGUAUAGCUACAAUUAUGAUAAUUUCAUAAAGCCUGAGGCUGAACCUUCCAUGAAGAGGAGGAGGUGCUCAGCUUCUGGCUGGGAAAGCAGUGGCAGGCACUCUCAAGCACCCAAUGCAUGUAAAGAUGUUCCUUCAAAGCAGCCAAGCUCAUGCUAUAAUGUUCCUUUAAGGAAUUCCAGAGCGUAUGAUGAUGCCUAUUCAACCUGUAACAAUAAUUCAACCCUUACUACGAGUUCUUCUAAACCUCGUUGUGAUGCAAGUGCACCCACGCGCUCUAAGCGCGACCAUUCAUGGCUUGAAGAUACCGAAACUGACAAUAUCUUUAUGUCGAAAGAGGAAAUUGAGAGAUGCUCCCCAUCUAGGAAAGAUGGUAUUGAUGCAAUGCAUGAAGCACAUUUGCGAUACUCGUAUUGUGCUUUCCUUCAGAACCUUGGAAUUCGCUUGGACCUGCCACAGACCACUAUAGGAACUGCCAUGGUUCUGUGUCACCGCUUCUUUGUGAGGCGAUCACAUGCAUGUCAUGACAGAUUUUUGAUUGCUACCGCUGCUCUCUUUCUUGCGGCGAAGUCGGAAGAGACUGCACGGCCUCUCAACAAUGUUCUGAAGGCCUCGUGUGAAAUUUUCCACAAGCAGGAUCUUGCAGUUCUGUCAUAUUUUCUACCUGUGGACUGGUUUGAACAGUACCGUGAACGCAUUACUGAGGCUGAACAGAUGAUAUUGACCACUUUAAAUUUUGAACUGAAUGUGCAACAUCCAUAUGAAUCUCUUACAUCUACCCUUGAAAAAUUAGGGCUAUCUGAAACAGUGUUGGUGAAUCUGGCACUGCAUCUUGUCAGUGAAGGGGUCUAUAGAAGGAUUAGCUUGCUCACCUGUAUGAUAUUUGCUGGCGGUUGAUAUGCAUGCUGUACAUCAAAUGUUUUGUUUUACAGUCUGAAGUUAAAACUAGCCAUUUCUUGUGGAUGCUUUUCCAUGCUGACAUCUUAAUAGUAUGGCCAUUGACCUAGAAGAAUGUCAAAGAUGCUCCAGAAGUUUCACUAUAUUUUAUGUUUUUUCAUGUUAAAAUGAUGUGGAGCCCUCAUGCACUUUUUCUCUUCGUGUAGCCUAUUCCACAGGUUGUCCUUGUAGGAUGCUAGUGAUUCCGUCCGGGAACUCUAUAAGGGUUGGUGGUGUGUUCUUGACUGCCUAACGGUGGGGUAUGGGUAGUCCAGGUCUUGGAACUGGUGAAUACAGGUUUUAGAAGUUCUCAUCUUGUUGGAGCAAAGAACUUUUCUUAAAGCAUGGUAUCAAACAGAGUAGCAUCUUGAAGGUAUAGUAACCUUUGUGGCCGAACAGGUCUGAGUAGACUAUUAUUUUCUGGGCUGAAUAAUUUGGAAAGAUUAUCAUGCUUCUGUUAUUAGUUGCUCUGGUAUCAUUUCCUCAACAGCAUGUAGUUGCCCUACCUUUUUUACUGAAAUGCGCCAUGAUCUGGGGCUUGCUGUUUGAUUCCCAAGCUCCAUUCAGUGCUCUCUCUCUCUUUUGAAAAAUAAGAAUAAAAAUUACCAGAACUUUCCUACUUUUGUUCUUGAUCUCCUCCCCUUCAGCUACCAGUCACAUGCUGAAUCAAGCUUUUCGAGUUCUGCUGGUGUUUUAUGCACUUGUGCACUCCAUAGGCACGCAUAUAGCAGAACAGGUUACUGGAAGGAUAAUUCAUCACCCAAUUGGCAGGUGCAUUAACAAUUGUCACCUGCAUCUGAGUAAACCCUGCUCUGUUCCCUUACAAAUAGAAGCAAUAGGAUGUUUGGUGGAGGCUUGAUUUAUGUCUUUUCCCUGGUUAUGUUCUUGAUUUCUGAAAAGAUAUUGGACUAUUCAUAUUUGCCAGCCAUUUGGACACACCUCCAGUUCCAAUGGAUGAGCUAGGUUCGUUUCGACUGAUCAGUUAGUGGAGGUCCUAAUCUGCCUCUCCUCUUUCAUUGCCUUGCUGCUGUAUGGCUAGCACCCGAUUUUGGUAGUCUGUCUCAAUGUGCUAGGAUAUUGCAAUUAAGUGGCAAUGAUUCUUACGGGGAGGCAGGUAGUGGUGUUAAAUAUUAGUGUUUUAACUUCUGGGUGCUUGAUGGAACUCUUAAAUUGGAAGUCCUAUAAUCCAGUAUACUAGCACUAGCAAAGAUGGGAUGACAAAGUUGCUGUGGUGAAGUAAUUUUUGGGCUAAUGAGAGGAAGUGUUGCUGCAGUUCUUGCUUUUUCCUCAACUACUUGGUAACUUAAAAUGAUUGUUCUACAUGUAUUUUAUAUAUACCCACACAUAUUAUACAUAUAAGACUCACACACAACAAAGAAAUCAUUAUAUUACUAAUAUAAUGUCUAUUGAUAUUUUUAUAAAUAUACACAUACUUAUUUACCCCUAUAUAUAUAGGUAUCUAUGUUAUAUUAUGUACAUGUAUGCUUGUUUUUCUUACAACAACAACAACAACAACAACAUGCCCAGUGUAUAUUCCCAGUGGGGUCUGGGGAGGGUGAAGUGUAUGCAGUCCAUGCCACUACCUCAGAUGAAGUAGAGAAGUGAGAAGUUGUUUCCGAUGGACCCCCGGCUCAGGACAGAUACCACUAGUCUAUGCUGAGGUGGAACUCUAAUGUGUGAAACGUACUAAUUGAAUAUUUUGCACCUCUUUACCAUUUAUGUAUAACUAUCCAUUACUUUUUGAAGGGUGAGCACCAUAGUGGCUUGAAAGCAUUUUUUAUGCUUAUCAAGCUUUGUAGGUGAAAGUUUGUCCACUCUAUUAAAUCAAAGAAAUUCAAUAUAUUUAUUUUGAUAAAGCUUUAAACUAGUAAUUUCAGAGACCAUAUACACUCAUCUACAUACAUGCACACACACCCCUAUAUAUAUCUACAUUAUAAAAGAAUUAUAGACGCACACACGCCCCUAUAUAAAUCUACAUUAUAAAACAACUAUAUAUACACACAUUUUAUGAUGUUACUUCGGAUGAGGAACCUUCACUCCUCGUGCGCUUUCUUCUCCUUUUGGUUUGGUAACUGGAUUGGGCAGCAUAUUUUCAGAGAUUGUGGGAUGCCAGACGGCCAGGGAUGUUUAAGUGGGAAAAA